AUGACGAACUAUUUAGGAAGAAUUGGCAAACUUUUUGGUCAAAAUCUAAAAAAUCCCUCCACAACUCACAUGCAGCAACACAGCCCUUCCGAUGAUCAUCCAUUCCAUUCACUCGUUCAACACAACCGCUCGCAAGCUGAAGCAUCCUAUCAACUUCCUUCAUCUUCGUCCUUGUCCGACACUAAGGAAAAAAACAAGCCUUAUCAUCAACGUCAUAAAGCAUACCCAGACUGCAAUUGCUUAAUGAAAACGGUUCUAUCUCCGGUGAAAAAUUAUGCAUCAAGAGCUUGCCAUCCGUUACCACGAAUAUCCUCUUUGGUGACCAUAAUGAACGUUCUUGUUGUUUUUUUUCUUCUACAAUUCUUCAUCAGCGUUGGAACUGUGUUUAUAGUUCUGAGCAGUGAAGGUACAUUGAUCACCAUAAAUGCAGAAGAGUCAGCUCACGGGCAGGCCUACGAGAAGGUGUUGAACGCUCUCACUCAAUUCAUGUCACCUUCGGAAGCAGUGACGACAACCUUUCACAACCACUUUCUUGCAUUUGGCCUUGAUUCAACAUGCCACACCACGUGGGCCAGGCUCAUGGCUGUAGCACGGGUCUUGGACUCUCAAAUUACGAACAUGUAUUUUGCAGACAAAUUAAAUCGCGUAUCAGUAUUUGAAAAACGAAAGCAAGGAAACUCGGUUGUGAUGGUACCUUGUUAUGGACCUAACGCCACCCUUACUCUUUCCUAUGCUCCUACAUGUCGCUCCUCUCAUUUAAUGUACAAAGUAACUGAUGAAGGAAUCAUUAUUUCAAGCGAAAGUCAACACAAGGAUUUUUAUCUAAAGAACGUCACAAACGCGGAAUGGUUUCAAUUGAUUACCAAAUCUUUAAACUUUUCCUCAUCCACUCAUGAAAUACACUUGCCCUUAGGUCAAAAGUAUUCAAUUUGGAGUAAUAUUAUUCAAUCUCCCAACAACGGUAAUCUCUCCACGUUCGUCUCCUUAUUGAUACGAGAACCUAAAAACGGAGCGUUUGUUGGGGUUGCAGCUUUGGAGUAUGGGCUUGCUGAUUUGAAUGAAUACUUGACAAAUUUGUUGCCAAAAGAAACACCUCACUCUAUUAUUGUCCUAGAUGACAAGAAUCAUAUUUGGGGUGCAUGUUUAAAGCUAAGCAAUAUAAUGCAAGAGGAAGAACUAUAUAUUGCUUCACAAGGAAAAGUAACUCAGCUACACACAAGAAAAGGCAUGAUUGGUUUUUACUAUUACUCGAUUAGCUUUGUCCCAACCAAUAAUAUCGUUGUGAAACUAAUUAUAUUAACUGAACAUGUUCAAUUUUUGAUAUCGAGUGUCAAUACCAGAGUUACGACAUGGGUGAUGUUAAUUUUGAUAUUAAGCCUUUCUGUUGUACUGUUGUUGAUUGUUUUGAAAACAAUCACACAUCCUUUGCAGCGACUGGGAAAAAAAAUGACAAAUAUUUUACGUUUGGACCGAACAAGAUCAGUUGGAGUUGAAGCAACGUCUCUUUUCCGAGAUGUAAAACAAAUGGAAUUAUCCGUUGAGACGUUUAGAAAAGCACUUUUAUAUUUUUCUCUAUUCAUUCCAGAUCAUGUUGUGAAAUAUUUUCUUGGUAACAAUGACUCGGAGUCAGAAUUGUUAACAGUGAAAAGACAAGUUAUGAGCAUUGUAGUACUGGAUUUGAACGAUUUUACGGAAUUACAAAAGAUAGUGGGAAAUGUGACAUUUAGUCAAAUUUUAAGCAAAAUCCUCACUGAAGUGACCUCUUCCGUUCAAUACAACGAAGGAUUUGUGUUCGAGGUGUCUGUAAAAAACGGAUUAAAAAUUUACGGGUUGUGGAAUGAUGCAACUGCUCCGGUGGAAAAUCAUGAAACAAAAGCAACAGCUGCAGCUUUAGAGAUCAAGGAGAUUGUAGAGAAUAAGAUCGAGAUGGUGAAAAAAGAAUAUCACUGUUCCAAUAUCAAUCUUUUCUUUAAGGUGGUCCUUGCAUCAGGUUUGAUAGAUUUAGGUUUCACUGGAUCCACAAUCUCUAGGAUAUGUUUUUCUUGCUUUGGAGACACAGUAGCUGUUUGUGAAGUGUUGUUGGAACAUUGUGGCCAAAACGAGGUCCUGUUAUGUGAGAAUGUGUAUCAAAAGGUUUCAAACAUGUUUCUAUGUUUUUACAAACAAACAAUACCUUACAGGUCAACAGUUCAAGGAGAGCGAUGCGAAUUAAGAAUGUACAUGUUGAGAAAAUAUCUGAAAGAUUCAAAUGCUUAUGAACAACAUAUUGCGUCCAAGUUGUUACAAAUCAGAAAACGAAGAAGUGAAAUAGAUUCCACUGCUUUGAAUACCGAUUCCAUCUUCAUUUCGUUAUGCAUGGAGUUACAGAAUUUAGGUGCAUUCAGAAUGAAUAACUAA